AUGUAUCCACUACUAGUAUUCAUAUUACAUUUAUCAACUGCAUUUGGACAAGUACAGAUCGAGGUGCCAUAUCAUGUACAUCAACCACACCAAUGGCAGGAACUCGUUACAUUUAUCAAUGAAAAAGUCGGUUAUUUGGAACGGCUGAUUAAUGUUAAAGAUAAACAGGUAGGUGAGUUGGAGAAUAAAUUACGGAAUCAGAACAAUGAGAUUAUGCGGUUGAAAGAGGACGUUAAAUCACUUCAACAGGUAAUUCAUGUUCAAAGGACUCAAAAUUCAGAUUUGAACUCAGGUGUGUUCAGAGGUUCGGAAGGCAUAAAUCUUCGUCCUCUCUCUGCUUCAAAUGAAAGUGAAAAUUGGACAAAAAAUUACAAGAUUGCUAUUGAUACAGAUGAGGAACAUCAGCGUAACGGUGUCCGUAAUACCAUACAAACACACAAAGUACAACCUGGUGCUGAAUCUAGAGCUGAUGUCAGAGGCUCUAUUCCAGGUGAUGACAAUCUUUCUUACCAUGAUUCAAACGGUGUACCAAGGAAAUAUCCUUAUCAACCUGCGAGUUUUAAAGACGCAAGGAUGAAUAAGAAUCGUGAGUCCAAACAAAAAAGAGUAGCAGCAGUGCAGACAAUUGCCUUCCACUCAUCUCUCACACGUUCUGUGACAGUAAGUCCCCACACCACAGUAAUAUUUGACAAGGAAGUACUUGACCAAGGAGCCGGAUACAAUCCACUCGAUGGCAUAUACAGUGUUCCAGAGUCCGGUACUUAUGUGAUCACGUGGUCACUUGUGGCCGAUAGACACGCCUCGUUUCAAACAGAACUUAUUGUGAAUGGAGAGGCACUAGGGAACUCGUGGACAGACGCCGAUGAAGUUGGAGAUUUACACCAAACAUCAGCUACCAUGGUCCUGACACUUACGCAGGGAGACCAUGUAUUUAUUCGAAUAGGAAAUAUCGCAAGCGGUGCAAUAUCAACAGAAGUUUCCAAUCCAACAUUCUCAGGUUGGAAGGCGGGUUGA